AUGUCUGAUAAUCUUCCCCCAAGUUCCAAACACAGCAGACCUUCCCACAGCAGGUUGAGCCGUGAUUUGGUUGUUGAACCAAACUUACUCACUGCCAUAAUCUCUGGUGUUGCUGCUUCAAUCGCUCAAACUACAAUGACUUAUCCUUUUGAAUUUUUGAAAACAACUACUCAAUUACAUAGAAAUUUACCAGGUGCUAAACAAGUUGAAUUAUUUCAUCAAUUUAAACAUUAUUUUAGUGGAUGUGGUGCCUUAAAUAUUGGUAAUGCCCUAAAAUCAGGUUCAAGAUUCAUAUUGUUUAAUAGUACUUCAAAAUUCAUGAGUACUGAAAAUGGGAAAACUUCUGCUCCAAGAUUAGUUAUUGCAGGUGCAAUGACAGGAUUUGUUGAAUCUUUAUGGAUCAUACCUUUCGAAAAUAUUAAAACCACAAUGAUUGAAAACUCUUUACAUUAUUCUGCAAUUGAAAAUAAAGAAAAAGAAUCAAAUUUAAAGAAAAAAAAUGAAAAAGUUAAUUAUAAACCACCAACACCUAAAAAACAAGUACAAACAUCACCUAAAACAUUCCAUAAACCAACAUCAUCAUUACCAAAAGAUGCUCACCCUUUCUUAUUAGCUAAAGAAAAAUGGGAUAAAUUACCAUCAUCUAGUUUUAUAACAACAAUUCAAGAAAUUUAUCAAACAAGAGGGUUUAGAGGGUUUUUACAAGGUACUGUACCAACUUUAAUUAGACAAUGUACAAAUAGUGCAGUACGAUUUGGUACUUAUACUUCUUUACGUCAAUUGUUUCAACCACAUGGAGGUGAAUUAAACACUUAUUUAGCUUUUGCAAUUGGUGUUACAAGUUCUUUAGCAGUUGUCGGUGUUACUCAACCAAUUGAUGUUAUCAAAACUAGAAUGCAAAGUCGUGAAGCUUAUUAUACUUAUAAAAACUCUUUAAAUUGUGCUUAUAGAAUAUUCGUCGAAGAAGGUUUGAAAAGUUUUUGGUCUGGUUGGACUUAUAGAUUAUUAAAAGUUGCAACAAGUGGUGGUGUUGCUUUUGCAGUUUAUCAAAAUGUUGAGAAUCAAAUAACAAGAGCACUAAAAGAACAACCAUUUCAGGCAGCUUAA